AUGAAUGGUACUAAUAGUACUAAUAGUACUACUACAGCUACCAGCACAGAAACGUCAACACAACAAGUGGUGACGUCUUUGGUAAGUAAUGGUGCUAUUUUUGGUGUUUUCGUCAUUGCCUUCCUUAUUUUACGUAUAAAAUUGAAAAGGAUUUAUGAGCCUAAAUCUUCGUUCAAUCUGAUUAAUGAAGAAAAGAAGCCGGAACCACUACCACAGGGUGUGUGGCAAUGGUUGAAGCCGUUGUUGAAGAAAUCAGACAAUUUUGUCAUUCAGCAAGCUGGUCUGGAUGGGUACUUUUUUUUGAGAUACCUUUUUAUCAUUUCUAUUUAUUGUGCAGUAUCCCUGAUUUAUAUAUUUCCCAUUUUACUGGCUCUUAAUGCUAGUGGUCAAGGUACUUCUCAAACGGGACUGAAUCGAUUGGCUUAUCAAAAUGUUAAGCACCGCGGUAGAUAUUUUGGUCACGUUUUUUGUGGGUGGAUUUUCUUUUGGGGAUUUCUUUACAUUAUCUAUAGGGAAUUGUAUUUUUACACUUCUAUGAAACAUGCUGUGCUAGCGUCUCCUCGUUAUGCUAAAAAGUUAUCCUCGAGAACCGUGCUUUUUCAAACUGUUCCUAAGCAAUAUUUGAGUGAAGAGGAGUUCUCUAAGCUGUUCGAUGGUGUUAAGAGGGUUUGGAUCGCCAGAAGUUCUAGUGAUAUCGAAUCUAUGGUCAAGAAAAGAGAAGCAAUGGCUUUGCAACUUGAAAGUGCGGUAACAAAUUACAUAAAAUCUGCAUUGAAGAAGAUCAAUAAAUUAAGCAAAAAGAGUCCUCAAUUGUGCAUAUCUGAUAACAUUGCAGAAUAUGUCCCUGAUAAGAAAAGACCGCAUCAUAAGAUUAAUAAGGUCGCGAAGUUCUUUUUUGGCAAAAAAGUGGAUACCAUAAACUACAUCAAGGAGGAACUACCCAAAUUGGAUGCACAAGUAAAGGAAUUACAAACAGAUCACGAAAAUGCACAACCAUUCAAUUCUGUUUUUGUAGAAUUUGAGUCUCAAUAUCAAGCGCAAGUUGCCUCUCAGAUUACCACGUACCAUGCGCCUCUUUUCAUGACUCCAGCGUAUGUUGGUAUUGAACCAUCAGAUAUUGUAUGGUUUAAUUUGAGAAUGUUUUGGUGGGAAAGAUUGGGUAGAAGAGUUACUUCUGUUUCUGUAAUUAUAGCAUUGAUCAUAUUAUGGUCUACUCCAGUGACUUUUGUCGGGAUGAUUUCUAAUAUUACUAAUUUAACUAACGAGCUUCAUUGGUUGAGAUUUAUUUACAAAUUGCCAGACGUUUUAUUGGGUCUCUUGACAUCUUUAGCACCAACCGUGGCAUUAGCCAUUUUGAUGAGUCUCUUGCCGAGAUUCAUUAGAGCUAUGGCUGUAACUCAGGGCGCUGCUUCUAGCCAAAAUGUGGAGCAUUUCACUCAACAAGCAUAUUUUGCCUUUCAAGUCAUUCAGGUUUUCUUGGUUAUCACGCUAUCUUCUGCCGCUACAUCCGUCGCGACCAAAAUUGUGCAGGACCCUUCAAAAGCCAUGAAUUUACUGGCUUCUAAUUUACCAAAAGCUUCUAAUUUCUUUAUGUCAUAUGUGAUUCUGCAAGGUUUGUCCAUUUCAUCGGGUGCUCUUUUGCAAAUCGUCCCAUUAAUUCUUUUCUAUGUUUUAGGUGCCCUUUUAGAUGGCACUGUUAGGAAGAAGUGGAAUCGUUUUUCUGGAUUAUCAAGUAUGCAAUGGGGUACGACUUUUCCAGUUUAUACAAAUUUGGUAGUUAUCAUUUUUUCUUACGCUAUUAUUUCUCCGACAAUUUUAUUAUUUGGCGCAGUUGCAUUCUUUCUGUUGUAUGUCGCAUACUUAUACAAUUUAACCUAUGUCUUUCAGGAGUCUCCAGAUGGGAGAGGCAUUUACUACCCAAGAGCUCUAUUCCAGUCCAUUGUUGGUGUUUACAUCGGCCAAGUUUGUCUUCUAGGUCUUUUCGUUGUUGGCAAAGGUUGGGGCCCAAUUGUUCUACAAGUCAUUGGCAUUUGUGUGACAGUUUUUAUACAUUUGCAUUUAAACACUGCAUUUGAUCAUUUGACAAAGGUAGUUCCAGUGGAUACAAUGAAACCACUCGAUGGUGUAUCAGAUACUCCUUCCUUUAAGAACAUUUACCAGGGCAUAGGAGAGGGAAAAGUAAAGAAAAACAACUUUGGCGCAAAUAUCAAUAUGGAUGGAAUCAAAGAGUUGCCCGAAUUUCCAAUAAAGAAAUACCACAAGAAGACUGAAUCAGCUACGGAACAACAAGUUGAUAAUAGCCUAUUCAGUGAGAAUACAUUUGAAUACCAGUUCAACCCAAAUAAUGAAGCAAAUACAAAUGUUAACGCUGAAAAUAUAAUUGAAGACGUUCCAUUAUUAGCAGAUGGUGACACGAUGAAAAUACCUUCAGCACCAUGGUGGAAAAGAUUUUUGAAACCUCAUAUUUAUUACUCCUAUAAGGUUUUGAAAGGAAGGUUACCUGAAAUUUAUGGUUUGGUUGACCCUGACGAACGAGUGAAUGAUUUUGACAUUGCUCAUGCUUACGAUUAUCCGGCCGUCAGUGCACAGUGUCCGGUAUUAUGGAUACCUCGAGAUCCUUUUGGGUUUUCCAAGGCAUUGAUUUCAGAUGUUUCCGGAGUUGUAGAAAUGAAUGAUGAGAAUGCUACCAUCGACGAAAAUUUAUGUUUUACUCUACGUGACGUGCCACCAUCGUACAAUGAUGUUAAAGAAGGAGAUGUAGGAGAAGCUAAAGGUGAAGAUGAAAUAGCUAGUAAAGAAGAUAAUCCUUUUUCGGAUUCAAACUUUAAGGAGGAAGAAAGUCGUUCGGCAGUCUGA